AUGAAAAUAAAAAUCUUCGAUAUUGAAAAAACUGUAGAUAUUUUCGUAAUUGAUAAAGACACUUUUCAAUAUGACUUCCUAAUUGGAUUAGAUUUGAUCAAAAAAAAUUUUAAUAUUUCAGUAGAUCACUUAGACUACGAAAAAAGAACGGAAAUAAACAGACUAAUAAAUGAGUAUAGUUCAAAUUUUGCCAAAGAUAAAUACGAUGUGGGUACAGUAAAAGAUUACGAAGCUAGGAUCGACUUACAAAUAGACAAAUAUUGCUGUAAAAGGCCGUACAAAUGCAGUGCGGAAAACAGAAAGGAGAUAGAAACACAAGUCGCAAGAUUGCUGCAGGAAAAAUUAAUAGAGGAGUCAUACAGCCCCUUCGCAGCCCCAGUAACUUUAGCACUUAAAAGAGAAGAAAAUAAGAAAACAAGAUUAUGCUGCGAUUUCAGAGAAUUGAACAAAAUCGUGAUACCACAAUCACAACCUUUUCCGGUAAUAGAAGAUUUAGUGACGAAGGCUAGAAAUUGUAAAACCUUUUCGAUACUAGACAUUAAUUCAGCGUUUUGGUCAAUCCCGUUACGAAUAAAAGAUAGGAGAAAAACGGCAUUUGUCACACAAGAGGGACACUAUCAAUGGACAUGCCUACCGUUUGGAUUAAAAACCUCACCAGCAAUAUUUCAAAGGAUAUUAAGCAAUAUAAUAAGGAAACAUAAACUUACAAACUUCACAGUAAAUUAUAUAGAUGACAUACUAGUAUUUUCGAGAACGUUUGCAGAACACAUAGACCACUUAACACAAUUGUUGGAAGCAAUACAGAAAGAAGGAUUUAGAUUAAAAUUUUCUAAGUGGAAGUCAUUUAUAGUUUUCUCAGAUCAUAAACCUUUGGAAAAUUUAAACAUAAGAUCAAGAACGGACGAAGAUCUAGGAGACUUGACGUAUUACUUGUCGCAAUACGAUUUCACAGUUAAGUAUGCUCCAGGGAAAAAUAACUUAGAGGCUGAUUGUUUAAGUAGAAACCCGGUCUUAGAGGCUGAUGAAAACAAAGACGAAAUAUUAAAACUAGUGAACUUAAUACAAUUAAAGGAUAUCAUCGCUGAUCAAGAGAAAAACGAAGAACUACAACACAAAAAAGAUAGAAUGAUACUGAAGAACAGAAUAUACUACAGAAAAAUCAAAACUAAAGAAAAAAUUAUCUUAACAGAAAAAUUCAGUAAGGAAUUUAUAAAGAAAAUACAUGAAGAAUAUUGUCACAUAGGGAUAAUACAAAUGAAGAAUAAAAUUACACCGUAUUACAUAGCAGCAAAUAUGACACAAAACAUCAAACAAAUUUGUAAAAAUUGUGAAAUAUGCAUCAAAAACAAAGCAAGAGGACAAACGAAAUACGGAUUGAUGUCACAAUUGGGCCCUGCGAAAGAACCAUUCGAAAUAAUGUCGGUGGACACGAUUGGAGGAUUCGGUGGCUCCAGAUCGACAAAAAAAUACCUACAUCUAUUAGUGGAUCAUUUCACAAGAUAUGCAUACAUUUUAACAUCAAAAACACAAACGGCGAAGGAUUUCAUAAAACUAAUCAAAAGGGUAACAGAAAACAAUAAGAUUGGCAUGAUAUUAUCAGAUCAGUACCCGGGUAUAAAUUCUAAAGAAUUCAAAACAUUACUAGAAGAAGAGGAUAUACCGAUAGUAUUUACUGCAACGAACUCGCCAUUUUCUAAUGGACUUAACGAAAGAUUAAACCAAACUUUAGUCAAUAAAAUCCGGUGCACAAUUAACAAAGAAAAAAGGAAACAAGCAUGGACGACGAUAGCACAAAAAUGUACACAAAAAUAUAAUGAAACGGAACACACAAUAACAGGAUUCACACCAACUUAUUUAAUGGAAGGAAAAAACAUACCAAUGGUACCAAAAGAAAUCCACCAAAAAACGAAUAAUAAUUUAAGUCAAGAUAGAAAAAUUGCUUUAAAAAGAACCCUUAAAUCACAUAAUUACAAUAAAGCUUUGUACGAUAAGAAUAGAAAAAUAAAGGAAUUUAAGGUUGGAGAAUUAGUAUACGUAGAAAAUGGAAAUAGACUAAACAGAAAAAAAUUAGAUGAACUAAGAAUCGGCCCCUUUGAGAUAAUAGAAAAAUUAUCAAAUUCCAUUUACAGAAUAGAUACAGGACACAAGAAAGCGGAAUCAAAUCUUUUUCAUAUUACGAAGCUCAUUCCAAUAACAGAAGACAUCGAUGAUAUGGAGGAUAGGUUUUUCCGGAGGGGAGAUGUAAAAUAG